AUGUCGAAGAAGGUCGUGCUCGUUACUGGAUGCUCGACGGGUGGGAUUGGUUACGCCUUAUGCGAGGAAUUUGCUGCCCGAGGGUGCAAGGUCUAUGCAACUUCGCGUGAUGUAGAAAAGAUUGCAGCGUUCAAGGACGAGACCAUCGGACGUAUGGCCUUGGAUGUGACCAGCGACGACGACAUUCAACGUGUCGUCCAACAUAUACAUCUGGCCGAAGGCAAGCUCGACGUGGUAGUUAACAAUGCCGGCGGAAUCUGCGUUGGUGCCUUGUUGGACAUACCGUUGGAGAAGGUCAGGCAGACUUUUGAAACCAAUGUGUUUGCUGCCCUUCGCGUCGCCAAGGCUGUCAUGCCGGCCAUGGCGGAGAGAAAGAGCGGAACUAUCGUGAAUAUCGGCUCUAUUGUGGGCGAAAUUCCUACCCCAUGGAAUGGCAUUUAUUCCGCGUCCAAAUCAGCGCUCCAUACGCUGACAGAAGUUCUCUCCAUGGAAGCCAAACCUUUCAACGUCAACGUGAUGCUGGUAUCGCCCGGUGCCGUCAAAUCCAACAUUGCGAACAAUUCUGCCGCAAGUUUCCAGAUGCCCGAAGACUCGCUCUACAAAGAUUUCAUCAAGAAUAUUUAUUACCGGAUGAAUGUGAGCCAGGCAGGGAAUUCGAUGCCUACCGAGAAGUUCGUGGCGAAAGUCGUGUCAAACGCCUUGCAACCGAAACCUCCAGGGUAUGUAACUUUGGGAGGCAAUGCGAGCACUUUCUCGUUCUUCAAAUGGCUUCCUCGGGCUUGGGUAUUGUGGUUUAUGUGGAGGAUCUACUCGAAGCGACUUUAG